UGUAAACAAAGCAAGAAUAUCCUCAAGCAGGAGGGAUGCACGCGAGGGAUUAGGAAAACGAACAAGAAGAAAACGAGUCAAGGAUUGUCACUUCAGCAUUGUUUGUAAACAGUGAGAUACUCGUGAACUUUCAACUGAAUUGUUCAUACUUUUUUCGUGACAUCUGCCGUAGAUGGACGCACUUCGUUUGUUAGUUUGAAAUUAAAUCUCUUUUUACCUAAACGCGUGGAGUGUUUGGCUGAGAGUGAGUGCUUAAGUUUUAUUUCUGCUACAUCCAAUCAAACCUUGUCAGCUAAUAUGCAAAAGGAAUUUCAUAUACAAAUCAAUAUAAGGCCCAGUAGUCCAUAUUUUUCGUAGUCAUGCUGCCAACAUAGACAACAGUCUAGCCAACCGUGUAACGAAGUCGUCGUAGGUGGUAUCUGGUGUCAUACAUCAAUUGGAUCCAAAGACAUGGAAAGUCAAUGCAGAUGUUGUUUGUCUGAGGAACCGAAUAUGGAAACAGUCUUUGAACUUGAUCUUGUCCACAAAUUGGAAUCGUGCGUGAACAUAAUCAUGGAACCCAAAGAAGAGCAAACGCAACGAAUAUGUGUCAACUGUACGAUGAAACUUAACGACUUUUACGACUUUCAAGAGUUAUGUCGAAACUCGAAUAUGUUCUUCCAGCAACUAAAGGAUAAAACCUGCAAAGAAUUGGAACAAGUUGAUAAGAGCACCGAUGUCGAUGAGACAACAGAAACUCCGCCUUCUCCUGAGCAUGCCAUAGAACUUGGGAUAAAUGAGGGAAACAACAAAGAGUCUGAAGUCGAACAAAGCGAAACUGAAGCAGUCGAGUCUCCAAAGAAAGUAUCCUGCAAGAUCUGCAAUAAAAUCUUCCCAUCCGUUGAAGAACUGCAGCUCCAUGCCGACACCCAUAUUACCGAGAAUAAUUUCCCUUGCUCUUUCUGCGGAAUGGAUUUCAAACAUCUCAAAUACCGAAACAGGCACGUCGUUCGUCACACUUCCGAGAAAAAAUUCGUGUGCCAGCUUUGCAAUGGUCGAUUUCACGACAACAACUCGCUGAGAAUUCACAGUCGCAUCCACACUGGUGAGAAACCAUAUGAAUGCGAAAUAUGCUUGAAACGAUUCACACAACGCAGCCAGCUAAAUACUCACGGUCGUACCCACUUUCCUGAGAAACCGCAUCCUUGUAACAUUUGUUCCAAAGCAUUUGCCCAUCCUUACCUUCUACGAAUGCACAAGAAAAUCCAUUCGCCUAUCAAAGAGCAUAACUGCGAACUUUGCAAGAAAGGAUUCACCUUGCGGACCCAACUGAAAAAGCACAUGGACAGCCACAAAAACGAUCGCCAAAGGAAGUUUCAGUGCACUGAGUGCGGAAAGCUCUUCCAUCAGAAACAGAACAUGGUCUACCACAUGAACAACCACACAGGCAUCAAACCCCAUAAGUGUCCACAUUGCACGAAAUCCUUCCGAACGACCAGUCACCUACAAGCUCAUAUAAGAACGCAUACGGGCGAGAAGCCAGCACCAAAAGGUGAGUGUCCUUUUUGUGAUCGGGAAGUUUUCAGCGCCAGCGAGUUGCGAGUUCAUCUUCGAACUCAUACUGGUGAGCGACCGUAUAAUUGCCAUUUGUGCGAAAAGAGGUUUUUGCUGCGAACACACCUCGUGAUACAUAUCCGGAGUCACACCGGUGAGAAGCCUUUCAAAUGUGAAAAUUGUGAUAAGACUUUUACCACGAAAUCUUCGAGGAAGAAGCAUAUGUUUACGCACACUGGGGAGAAAAAUUACGAAUGUGAGAUCUGCGGAAAACAUUUCGCACAAGCUGGAGUGAGAAAUUCACAUAGGAAGCGACAUGAUCUGGUUAGUAAGAAGGGGAAGAUUGAAGUGAUGGAUACGAGCAAAAGAGAGGAAGCAUGACGUUGACCGCAGUUUAAAAUAUAUUUUAA